AUGGUCAAGAACGAAGCCGGUUCGGUCAACCGGGCCAUUGACAAGUGAGCCGACACGAUCCGUUCGUUGGCAGAGCUUUCAGAGCUGACUCAGCUUUCGUUGAUUGCUUAUGCGUUGCCUGCCCACAGGAGGUCCAAGAUGAAGGGCUUGCAAAAGUUGAGGUAUUACUGUCAGGUACGUCAGGGACGGAAAGGGGAGAUGGUGCACAGCUAGGGGACAAGAAGGAGCUGACUACCCCCCCUCGGUGAACUCGUACAGGUCUGCGAGAAGCAAUGUCGAGAUGGUCAGUUCACCACGAUACACGCUCUACGAACUCUCCGACCCAUCCCACUGAUUCCCUUACUUUCCUGCCCGCCGCCCGCAGAGAACGGCUUCAAGUGCCACACCCAAUCCGAAUCCCAUUUGCGCCAGAUGCUCGUCGUCGGCGAAUCCGCGGGCAAGCACAUCACCGACUAUACCCAAAACUUUCAAAACGAUUUCGUGACCCUACUUUCCAGAAGGUUCAGUCGUCGAACUCCUACAUGUUCUCAAGUCUUCCUGGAGUGAAACUGACUUUCUCUUUUUUUUUGUUUUUUUGCGCGCAUCUCAAAAACAAAAAAAAGGUGGGGCACCAAACGCGUUCGUAUCAACCAAGUUUACCAAGAGUUCAUCUCGGACAAGAACCACCUCCACAUGAACGCGACGCGCUUCACCUCCCUGACCGAAUUCGCCAAACAUUUGGGAAGGGAAGGGAUCGCGCACGUCGACGAGAACGAAAAGGGGUGGUGGGUCAGUUGGAUCGAUACCAGUCCUCGGGCGUUGGCGAGGCAGGAGGCGAGUAUGAAGAAGGAGAAGGGCACCAUCGACGAUGAGAUGAGGAUGAGAAAGUUGAUUCAGCAGCAGAUCGAGAGGGCCAGGGCGGAGGGGGAAAAGAGGAGAAGCGCUGCCGUUGAAGCUGGAGAAGCUGGAGUAGAGCGCGUGGAAGAAGCAGGACAGGAGGAACUUACGAGGGAGCUAAAGAGGGAUGAAGGGGAAAAGGUACAACUCAAGAUGGAGUUCAAGAUGGCCACGCCUGCCGUCGCAUCAUCGACUGCACCCUCGACGUCGGCUACGACGCCACCGACCCCAAUCGACGAGACAUCGGCGUCACCACUUACCACGACCAACGACGUCGAGUCCACUCCUGCCGGUGCCGCUGCUGCAUCUGCUCCUACCCCACCUCUCAAAUCAAGCUUCAUCGCCCCUCCACCAAAAGCAGUCAUCGGGUUCACGCCCAAACCCAACGCCUUCAAACUCGCGGCUGGGAAACCGAAUCCUCUCAAGGCGAACGCUUUCAAAACCUCGAAUCCGCUUAAAGCGACUUCCAGUUCGAGUGCGAGUGGUGGUGGUAAUGGGUUGAAAAGACCACCGGCGCAGAUGAGUGCGGUCGAACAGAUUGUCGCGGAGGAGAUGGCGAGGAAACAGAGGAGGAUGGGAUGA